AUGGUAAGUCAAGGAUGGAUGCAUUACACAACCUUUUUUUGGGCAAUAGUUUAGUAUUAAAUCUGUGUACUCAAAUUAUCCAAAAAUACAUAUGUGUAGUAAGUCUUUACAAAAAAGAUAUGGGGAAGUAAAUGUGAAAGAAAUACUGAAAUGAAGUUAACACAUUGCAAAGGUUUUAUUUUACUCCAAGUGUUCACUAAACACGGGAUGUAUCUGUACAGGAUGGAUGCAUUUAGUAUUGUUGCUCUCAACAGUCGUCUGUUUUUCCCCAAAAUUUUGUUCAUCUUGAUGCAAAAUUGAAUUAAUCUUAUUUAAUAGAAUUUAAAGUUUCUGUUCAGCCCUUAAUCCCUUUUAAUUUAUUAUACUAACAUGAAUCAUAAUCUUAAAUUGCAAGCUGUUUUCCUCUAAUCUCCUCCUGUCAUCAUACCAAAAGGCCCCCAAGAAAGCCAAGAAGAGGACAGCAGAGGGAGCCAACUCCAACGUCUUCUCCAUGUUUGAGCAGGCUCAGAUCCAGGAAUUUAAAGAGGUAAAAGCUGCUCAAAUCGUGAUUUCAUUCAUAUACAAACUUGGCUCAGACUGGCAUAAGAAUUGUGUGAAUGGGAUACAUGAAUACGCAUGUCAGCCGAUCAUGAAGAGUGCUUCUGUCUAUUAAAUACACAGAUACAGAAGCUUUUCUAGCUUCUUUACUCCAUAGGCUCCCUUUUCUUUCUAUUUUCAUUGUUCGUAGUUGAAGUACAUUUCCAUUGUUCAUGGUCAGAGUAUGCCCACCUGUCUUUUUUCCUGUCCAAGAAUUGGCAGCAGUGAGACUUGUGGUAUGCUGGUAUGACAGUCAGUGGUGCCCAGACAUUCAGACUGUGUCAGCAGUGAUUAGGCUGCAGAUAAACUGCUGGACGUGCCCUGGAUGCCGGGCUAAACCCCAGGGGCUUGCAGGAUAUAAAUACUUAACUGUGUUCACCUAUAAAGAUGGAACCAAGUAUUUGAGAGGAGUAAGAGAAAUGGAAAUGGUUGGACUUAAACUCUCUGAUUUUGUGAAGAAAACGUUUUAAUGACAAAAGACUAAUGAGUCUUUUGCUUUGUCCUCAGGCCUUCACUAUCAUGGACCAGAACAGAGAUGGCUUCAUUGACAAAAAUGACCUGAGGGACACUUUUGCUGCUUUAGGUAUACAACAUCGUCCACAUUGGUUAUUUUUUUCACCUCUCAGAGUGGUUGCAGAGAAGGACUAUAAGAAAAAUAUGUCUUUGAUAAGCAACAAUCUGAAUGUAAUUUAUCAGCUUUCAUCAAACACUCAUAUCAAAACCUCCUUACCACAGGACGUCUGAAUGUGAAACAGGAGGAGAUCGAUGAGAUGCUCAAAGAGGCUCCUGGCCCGAUCAACUUCACCGUCUUCCUCACCAUGUUUGGUGAGAAGCUGAAAGGUAAGAAUGACCACUUAAUGUUUAUUAAGACUUUACGUAAAGCUGUGUCUAAACACGCUGUUUGAAUGUGUCCAGGUGCUGAUCCGGAGGAGACUAUCCUAAAUGCAUUCAAAGUCUUUGACCCUGAGGGGAAAGGUGUGCUGAGGAAGGACUAGUAAGUGACUCAACUCUCUCCAAUCAUCACAAUGCCUCAGUCGGAGCACCCAAACAGACUAUAAGAAGUGUGCUCUCUAAGCUAUCACCCACAAUUUAUGACUGAUCCAUUCUGCAUCAUUUCUCUAGUGCUACUCCACAAUGACUGAGGCGAUUAUGACCUGCACAUUGAUUUCCUACAUAAACACAAGCUUUAUCAUCUCAUGAAGUGUUUUUUCUUCUCUUUUCCCUGUUCAGUGUGACACAAAUGCUUACGACACAAGCUGAUCGGUUCACCCCCGAAGAGGUACAAUUCAGUCCUUUUAGUCUAAUUAUCGUUGCUACAUGGGAUUUGCCUUUUGUGCAGAAGUAGGCCCAAAUAUAGCAGUUGUCACCGUGACGAUUGUCUGAUCCCUUCAGAAUCAUUUCCUCUCUUAAAAGGCAUCCUGAAUCAUCACUCAUCUUUUUGUGCAUGGUGUGAUAUGUCUGUUUGUGUGAAGCAUGAAUCUCUGAUAACAAGGACGCCUUUUCUUUUUGUUAGAUGGAGCAGAUGUUCACUGCCUUCCCCCCAGAUGUGGCAGGGAACCUGGACUACAAGAACCUUGUCCACAUCAUUACCCACGGAGAGGAAAAGGACCAGGAGUAA